CGUCUGCUCCACUUUGAAAGCAAUUAUCAUAUAACAUUUCUGCAUACUUUUUUCAGUUAAAGCUAUGAAGCCCUAUGUCUCUUCGCAUAUGCCACCCGUCGACAUCCCGGCGGUUGACCUGCCGACCUUUUUUUUCAACCGCGCGCGCCAGAACCAACACUCAGACAGCAAAGCUCGCCCACUUUUUGUUGAUGGGACAUCACCAAACGGCCUAUCGCUGACUCUGUGCCAGAUGCAAGUCCUGUGCGACCAGCUUGCAUCUGGCUUUUACCACAGAAUGUGUCUACGCCCCGGUGACGUCAUCGCUGUGUUUAUGCCCAACAGCAUAUAUUACUCAGCCGUUGUGUUCGCUGCUCUAAUGACUGGCGCCGCAUGCACCUUGGCCAACCCUGCGUACACGGCCCGCGAGCUGGAGCACCAACUCGAGGACUCCAAAGCCAUGCUCGUCAUUACCACUGCCGAACUGUACAACACCGUGUCCCAGGUCUUUAACACUCCUGAGACCAGAAAUAAUGUGCUUGUAAUCGACAGUGGCGAGGCUGCAAACGGUCUGCGCUCUAUUUUCGACAUCCUUGAUAAGCAGACAUACCCUAGAUUUUAUUUUAAGGAGGAUGCAGAGAGCACCAGCAUGCCAGCAUUUAUUCCGUACUCCAGCGGCACGACGGGGCUGCCUAAAGGCGUGGUGCUGAGCCACCGCAAUGUUAUUUCCAACAUUUUGCAGACCGAGGCUAUCCAGAAGCUAUCGCCGGCAAUAAACACAGAGCGCACAUCUGUGGCCGUCCUGCCAAUGUUUCACAGCUUUGGUCUCCUCUUCCUCUGCUUUCUCAUGCCCAUCACCGCAAUCACCACAGUGGUGAUUCCAAAGUUUGAACUGCCACUAUUCCUCCGCCUUGUUGAAGAGCAUAGAGUGACUGAGGCCAUGCUCGUGCCACCCAUCAUUGUUGCACUUGCAAAAACUGCCAUCACAGACCAGUACAAUCUCACCAGUCUCAAAGAAGUGAUCGUUGGCGCCGCGCCCCUGGAUCAGGACACUAUCACGGCAAUCGAGCUGAAGAUGCCUCACCUCAAGAUUCUUCAGGGCUAUGGCCUCUCGGAAUGCAGUCCGGCGAUAUCAUUAAAUACGAUUGGCGACCGGCGCACGGCCUCGGUUGGUCGGCUUUUGCCUAACAUUGAUGCCAUGGUGUUGGACGAGACGGGUCGCGCGCUUGGUCCCAGUGAGAGCGGUGAGCUGUGCUUCCGUGGCCCCAACAAUAUGAUUGGGUACCUCAAUAAUUGCAAGGAGACCCGCCUAACCAUUGACUCCCACGGCUUCCUCCACACAGGUGAUAUCGGGUACAUCACCAGCGAGCAGUUUGUCUAUGUUACUGAUCGCAAAAAGGAGCUGAUAAAGUUCAAUGGCUUCCAAGUUGCGCCUGCUGAAUUGGAAGGGCUGUUGCUGCAACAUCCCCAUGUCAAGGACUGCGCUGUCAUUGGUGUUUACGACGAAAGUAGGCAAACAGAAGUACCCAGGGCGUUUUUAGUCUUGAAAUCGCCCGACGAAGCUGAUGCUGUCGUCAAAUGGUUGAAUGAGAGGGUGGCUUACUACAAGCGGCUGCGGGGCGGCUAUGCAAUAGUAGAUGCUAUUCCAAAAAGCACAUCGGGCAAGAUUCUACGGCGUAUGCUCAAGUAGUAUAUUUAUUUACGUAAGUUUAUAUGACCAAUUUACUUUUUUUAAUAGGAUAUUACAUUAUAAUGCAUAAACUCUCCACCAUUAAGCAAAUAAAAUCA